CUCGCUUCGGGGUUUUGCAAUUGGUAGCGGCUCUUUUUUUCUCCUGUCACGGUCUCGCCUUCUUCUUUUAGGUGGCUCCACCCCGCCCAGGAUCCGGCGAGGGGGAGCGAGGCCGGUUGCGGUGGCCAAGGCGCGCCGAGCGCGUCUGCGAGCUCCAAGAGCUAAACGCCGCGUCCCGCCUCCUGGCCCCGGGCGCGCCCUCCGCGCUCCUCGGGGCUCCGCGUCCAGCCCCCGCUCCACCCUUCCCCACUUUUCCACCCUUUGCAAUCACAUGGCAUUUUAAGAAUGCCGGAAAGAUGGCGGUAGCGGCAGCGGCGGCGGCGGGACCGACAGGCGCGGGAGGCGCCCGGACGCAGCGGAGCGGGCUACUGGAAGUUUUGGUGCGGGAUCGCUGGCACAAAGUUCUGGUGAACUUGAGCGAGGACGCUCUGGUACUGAGUUGCGAGGAGAACGCAGCGGCGUACAACGGCCUCGGGACCGCCACCAAUGGCUCGUUCUGCAGGGGCGCUGGUUCCCCGGGCGCGGGCGGCGCGCAGCCCCCGGACUCACCUACCAAGGUCCGCACAGCCUUCACCGACCUGCCGGAGCAGGUGCCUGAGGCCAUCUCGAACCAGAAGCGCGGCGUGAAGGUGCUGAAGCAGGAGCUAGGCGGGCUGGGCAUCAGCAUCAAGGGGGGCAAGGAGAAUAAAAUGCCCAUCCUCAUCAGCAAGAUUUUCAAGGGGCUGGCGGCAGACCAGACCCAAGCCCUCUACGUGGGCGACGCCAUCCUGUCGGUGAACGGAGCAGACCUGCGGGACGCCACCCACGACGAGGCGGUGCAGGCGCUGAAGCGCGCUGGCAAAGAGGUGUUGUUGGAAGUGAAGUACAUGCGAGAAGCCACGCCCUAUGUGAAGAAAGGCUCCCCAGUGUCUGAGAUUGGGUGGGAAACUCCUCCUCCAGAAUCCCCUCGGCUAGGGGCCAGCUCUUCAGACCCACUAUCACCACAGUCCUUCUCCUUCCACAGAGACCGGAAAAGCAUCCCCCUCAAGAUGUGCUUCAUCACUAGGAGUAUGGCCUUGGCUGACCCUGAGAACAGGCAGCUUGAAAUCCACUCUCCAGAUACUAAGCAUACAGUCAUCCUAAGAAGUAAGGACUCAGCCACAGCUCAGGCCUGGUUCAGUGCCAUUCAUUCCAACGUCAGUGACCUGCUAACUCGAGUGAUUGCUGAGAUCAGACAGCAACUGGGGAAAACUGGCAUUGCUGGGAGUCGAGAGAUCAGGCAUCUUGGCUGGCUUGCAGAAAAGGUGCCAGGGGAGAAUGACAAGCAGUGGAAGCCAGCCUUGGUUGUGCUGACUGAGAAGGACCUUUUAAUCUAUGACAACAUGCCCCGGAGGAAAGAGGCCUGGUUCAGCCCAAUUCACACAUACCCUCUUCUAGCCACCAGACUGGUCCAUUCAGGUCCUGGGAAGGGCUCACCCCAGGCUGGUGUGGAUCUAUCCUUUGCAACCCGAACUGGUACCAGACAAGGGAUUGAAACACAUCUCUUCAGGGCAGAGAUCAGCAGGGACCUGUCACACUGGACAAGGAGCAUAGUCCAAGGUUGUCACCAGUCAGCUGAGCUCAUCGCUGAAAUCACCACCGCAUGCACCUAUAAAAACCAGGAGUGCUGUUUGACCAUACACUACGAGAAUGGAUUUUCUAUUACCACGGAAUGCCAGGAGGGUGCCUUUACCAAAACCAUCUUACAGUCUCCUUAUGAAAAGCUCAAGCUGUCUUCAGAUGAUGGGAUCAGGAUGUUGUAUUUAGAUUUUGGAGGCAAAGAUGGAGAGAUUCAACUGGACCUUCAUUCCUGCCCCAAACCGAUUGUUUUCAUCAUUCAUUCCUUCCUGUCGGCUAAGAUUACAAGACUAGGCUUGGUGGCUUAA